AUGUCGCGGAUUGCUGAAUCUUUGGUUGACGUGCCCCCUGGGUCCUCAGUCGAGGGCGAUCCCGGCCGCGCCCGUCCUCCCUCCGUCCUCAUCACCGGUGUGUGUCCGGGCGGGGCCUCGCUGGUGCGGGCCCGGGUGGGCCGCGUGGCCGAGCUGGGCUGCGACCUCGCCCCGUCGCCCCCGGACGCCGCCGCCGCCGCAUUCCCCGGCGCCACACCCCCCGGCGCCCCGGACCUCUUCCCGCUGCACGUGGUGGAGUGGGUGCGGCUGGGCUACAACGUCCCCAUCCUCAUCAAGUUCGGGGUGUACGCGCCCCGGGUCCACCCCAACUACAAGGGCCGCGUGUCUCUGAGCGGGGGCGCGUCCCUGCGGGUGGAGGGGCUGACCCUGGAGGACGAGGGCUGGUUCGAGUGCCGCAUCCUCCUCCUGGACAGCAAGACGGACGAGUUCCGCAACGGAACCUGGACAUUCCUCUCCAUCACAGCCCCGCCCGUGUUCAUCAAGACGCCGCCGGCGUACGUGGAGGUCCUGCUGGGGGACUCCCUCACGCUGAGCUGCGGCGCCCACGGUAACCCCCGGCCCACCGUGGUCUGGCACAAGGACGAGACCCCCAUCGUGAGGCACGAGAAGAUCAAGGUGCUCAAUGGGUCCUUGUCUUUAAUCACGGCCACCAGAGACACCACGGGAGUCUACAAGUGUCACGUGUCCAACACAGAGGGGAACCUGACUCACUACACCCAGCUACAGGUCAAAGGUCCUCCCAUCAUCCUCAUCUCGCCGGGGGACACCACGCUCAACAUGUCCCAGGAUGCAGUGCUGCAGUGCCAGGCCGACGCCUUCCCAUCCAACCUCACCUACGAGUGGCUGAAGCACGGCCAGAACGUCUACCACAUAGAAUCUCUGAAGACGAGGGUGAAGAUCUUGGUGGACGGUACCCUCCUCAUCCCUAACCUGAUGCCCGAAGACGCAGGGAACUACACCUGUAUCCCGACCAACGGGAUCCUCACUCCCCCCUCUGCCUCCGCCCACCUCAAAGUCAAACACCCUGCGCGGGUGGGCCGGAUGUCCAGGCAGACCUUCCUCCCGUCGGGCAUGGGGGGGGUGAUCGUCUGCCCGGUGCAGGCGGAUCCCCCCCUGCUCUACGUCAACUGGACCAAAGACGGGAACAACAUCAACGUGGACAAUUUCCCCGGCUGGAUGGUGAACUCCGAGGGCUCCGUCUUCAUCACCACGGCCAACGACAACGCUGUGGGCAUGUACACCUGCACCGCCUACAACAGCUACGGCACCAUGGGCCGGUCGGACCCCACCCAGGUCAUCUUAAAGGACCCCCCCGCCUUCAGAGUGACCCCCCGGGCCGAGUACCUCCAGGAGGUGGGCCGGGAUCUGAUCAUCCCCUGUGAGGCUAAAGGGGACCCCGUCCCCAACAUCACCUGGAGCAAGAUCGGACCACUCCCCCGCUCCCCCUACAUGGUGCUGACCAACGGGUCCCUGCUACUGCAGCCCCUGAGCAAGGACCACCACGGGGGCUGGGAGUGCCUGGCCACCAACCACGUGGCCACGGUCAGCGCCGGAACCCUGGUCAUGGCACUGGGCACUAGCCCCCACGCCGUCACCACAGUCUCCGUCACGGCCAAGAUGAACCAGGCCAACGUGUCCUGGGUGGCCGGCUUCGACGGGGGAUUCUCCCAGAAGUUCACCGUCUGGGUCAAGCAGGCGUCCAGAGGCAAACACGAAUGGGCCUCUUUGCCCGUGCCCACCUCCAAGGACAACCUGUUGGUGACGGGUCUGCUAGCCGCCACCAACUACCAGUUCAGCGUCCUGCCCCAAAACAAACUGGGCUCCGGGCCCUUCAGUGAAAUCGUCUCAGUGCGAACCCAAGCGGUGCCGACCGAAGCCCCCCUGGUGGUCCUCUCCCUGCCCGGGCCGGACCCCCCCACCCUCCUCCUGGCCAACCGGACAGACCAGGGGGUCCUGCUGCAGUGGGCCCCCCCGGAGGCCCCGGCCUCGCCGCUGACGGGCUACGUGCUCCAGGGCCGCCGGGAGCAGGGCCAGUGGGUCGUCCUGAGCGGCGACGUGGGGGCCGGCCAGACGGACAUGCUGGUGCAAGGCCUGCUCAGGGACUCGAGUUAUGACCUGAGGCUUUUGUCUCGCAGCCUCAAGAUCCUAAGUGUGCCCAGUGAGUCUGUCAACGUGUCGACCGCAGGAAUGGAGAUGUACCCGAUACGUGCCAGCUUCCUGGAGUACGUUCCUCAGUCGCUGCUGGCCGGUGUGGUCGGUGGAGUGUGCUUCCUGUUCAUGGCCAUCGUCCUGGCCUUGGUGACGGCCUGUUUCAUGAGCCACAGGCGGCAGAAACGGCGCAUCAAGAGGAGACAGGAUCUCCACUCGGUCUUCCAUAGGACCACAUCUCCAGAAAACCGCCGUCCUCCCCGAAGCCCCGACAGCAUCCUCAAGUUGAAGCUGUGCCCCGCGCUGCCCUUCUUCCCCAGCUCGUCCGUCUCGCAGUCGGACCGCUCCACGUUCGACAAAGGCAGCCGUGGAGAGUACCAGGACCAGAAGAAACAGCUCCUGUCCAACGCCUCCCCGCCUCCCCACUACACCCUCUUCGAGAGCCACCUCGGGUGUCAGGCGCCCUCGUCCGCCGGUCUGGAGUCCAUCUGCCGAGGUCCAGACGGACGCUUUCUGGUCCAGCCCCUGCCCGAGGGCUCCAGUUCCCCCAGCGAUGAGAACAUGAAGAACGUCAUCGUGCAGUGCAACGGCGGGGCCAGCGGCGCGGGGAGCAACCGGACGUCCUUCAGGGACUCCCCCAAGUCCAGCAUCCUGAGCUCGGAGAAGGAGGAGAGGAAAGACUCGCCCCUCACCGUGGACGUGGCCGAGCUGAGCCGGCCUCCCUCCUCUCCGGGCAGAGUGAAGGCCAUGGCGCGGAACUUCUCCCGACACGGCUGCUUCUACUCUGACGAUGAGCAGGGCUCGGAGGCCCUCCUGGAGAGAGCCAGUUUCUACUCGGACAACAGUGAGAUGAGAACCAACGGAUCGACGAGGCGGCACUGCCUUCCGGCCAACGCCGAUGACCUCCUCCCAGGUCUCGGCAGGAGAGCGUUGGGACUGGAAAGGGAUGCGGACCAGCCGUGCCACUCACGCUAUCAGCCUAUGGAGAGGGAGAGCCAGCUGACCGACGCAAGCACGCUGGCCUCGAGACUUGACAGUGAACUGGAGGAGGACAGUAUGGCCAAGUGUCUCAAGCUGGCCAAGGAGAGGCAGGAGAUGGAGGAGCAGCUAAAGGCCUACACAGGUAGCCAGAGGACUACGGGAUGGGCAGGGGGAGAUGCUCAGUCUGGUAGGGCCAACAGAGAUGUGCCUGUGUCAGAAGAGGACUCUGUGUGGAAACUACAGGACGUUACCCUCAGACAAAAGCACCGUCCCACUGGCCAGACGAACCGGGUUUCCGACUUCAGGAAGGCCUGCUAUUUCGGAGGCACAAGCAGCCCAAUGGAUAGGCUCCCCUCCUCCCACAUACAGUGGGACAUAAGCCCUGUUACUUCUGCAACCAGCAUUGUUCCUGUGCGAAGCCCGCGAGAUGCCGCUCAGCGAGGACCUUACUCUCCCACCCAGGGCGUUCAUGAAACUACGGAGGACUCUCUGGUGGAUGAAUCCUCGCACUCCCCGGCCACGCAGAACACAUCCCUGCACAUGCUCUCGUCUAGCUUUGCGUCUGAAAGCUCCCCCAUCCCCUGUCUGGGCACCACAAGAAGAGGCAGGUCAAGAAGCCCCAACAGGGAGGCUGAUUUAGGCCCCAGAAGGUCCCUUGCUGAUGAGGGCUGGACGAAUCAGAGGCAGGGGGCUGUGAGGUCCAAAACACCCACAGAGCACUGGAAUGCCGCACAAAGAGCUUCCCCUGCCGAGCGAGAGAUCAGGUCCACCCCAGCAGCUCCUGCUCUGCCUUAUGUGGCUGCUGCUGCGCUGUACAGUCGGUCGGACGCGAUGGACGUCACUGACAGGAAGGAAUCUGGUUCCUCACAUUAUUUGUCUUCAUCCUAUGAACACAGUGAACGAGGUGCACAGGCCAAUCUCAGAGAAGACCACGGAAAGCAUCUGCACCUUAGUUCAGGGUUUAACACAGAUUUGGAGAAGGAGGGAGUGAGAGCACGUUCCCGGAGGAGUGAUAAGUGUCUUUUCUCGGAAAGUCCAAGCGUAAUUUCUCCGUUAACGAUUGUAGAGGAGUGUGAGAGUGACCAGUCACACUUCUCUGUCCCUAGAAUGUCUGAUGUCUUCAAUGUGAGGCGCUCAGCCUCGCCUGUUCAAAAGUCCCCAGUGCAGACAAGUGCCAUUCUGGAAUAUCUGAGCCUUCCCGGUUUCAUUGAAAUGAGCGUAGAUGAACCCGCGGAGGAAACUGAACUUGCGGACACCAGCAGAAAAAGUUCUGAACUUAAGUCUGUGGUGGUUAAGCCAGAUGUAGUCCCUAGGAACUGGGAGGUUCAUUGUAAGGACAACCCGGAAACAAAACCAAUCCACAAGGCAGUGUCGUUUGUGGAUGACGUACGGCCUGUGAACGCAGCCGAGGCAAGCUUGGAUGCAAAUAGAAAACCUGACUCUAGAUACUCAAAUCAUUCCGAAGCCAGGGAUUCAACACUCAAAGGGCGAACUUUGGGUAGGUCUAAAUCGCAAUCGCCAAAUCCGGAAAAAACAAGCAAACAGCUGUACUAUGAGAAAUCACUGCUUAUUUUUGGGAAAAGAAACAAAAGCCCGGAGCAACCACAGUCUAGGCUCGCCUCCAGUUCACACACAUUGUUGAAUGCAGCUAAGGGUGUGGCAGAUAUCGUCUCAAGGCACUCGCAGAGUUUUGUAGAAGGCUAUCACUCUGUCCCAAAACCUUCUGAAAGACACCCUAUCCCAGUACAACCUGAAAGACACACUGUCCCAGAACCACCUGAGAGGUACUCUAUUCCGUUACCACGUGAAAGACACACUGCCCCAGAACCCCCUGAAAGGUACUCUAUUCCGUUACCACGUGAAAGGCAUGCUGUCCCAGAACCACCAGAACGAUACUCUAACCCCUUACCACAUGAAAGGCACACGGUACCGGAUCCACCUGAAAGACAUUCUUCCAAGAGAAUCAACAGCAACAAUAUUGCAUCGCGAAUCUGUCAAGCUCCUGUGCCUUUCCUCAAGAAGUCAUUGAGCAUAGGCCCCUGUAGGACUCUGUCAGGCAUGGCACACCCUCGUCCUUUCUUAAAGAAAUCCAUCAGUUUACAAAGAUGGGAGCACUUUGAGAGCCCGAUGGCGUACAUCUCGGAGAGGUGUUACUGGGACGAGUUCCCCCACCCUGACGUCCGACUCAAGUCCUGCAGUCUGGGUCGCGCUCCAUCCUACCUUCACCGACCGGGCCCCACCUGGACGGAGUAUGUUCCACCCAGGCGCCCGAGCUUUGAGAACUUGGAAAGGGUUCACCCCUCCCAAAGACCUCCAGCUAACUCUCCCUACCUCAACUACCCCAUGUACCCGCCCAGGAAAACAUGA